AAACAGAAGGCGCGCACGUGAGUGGUGCCCGUAGAGCGUGCUCUUUUCAUGCUUUGCACGCAGCGCCGCGCGUCUGCAGGCCGGAGAGCUGUGAAUCUGAUCGCCUCAGCCGCUUUACUCUCGAGUUUAGAGCUCCGAGCGGCGCUUCUGACCUUCUUACCCCGCCGGGCAGCGAGCAUGUAUGCGAGGAGAGCCGAGCUGAAGCGGAAGGCGGAGGCGCUCAGCAGCGCUGUGGAGGGAAAGAAGCAGAAGGCUGAGGAGAAGAGUGGAGGAGAGAGGGGAGAGAGGGGAGGGAGGCAGGCCGGCUGGCUGCAGCUGGAAGUGGACGAGCUGCGCGCUCGAAACACCGGCUGCAAAUUCAACGCCAAGCGCGUGCGUUUCCUCUCCGAGAACCAGAAGGUUCCUCAGGGCUGCGGGGGGGUUCUGUACUGGAUGGCGAGGGACCAGAGGGUCCAGGAUAACUGGGCAGUGGUCUAUGCGCAGCAGCUGGCUCUAGCGGAGAAGUUGCCCCUCCACAUCUGCUUCUGUCUGGUGCCGCGGUAUCUGGACGCGGCCUACCGCCAGUACGCCUUCAUGAUCAGAGGACUGCAAAAGGUGGCCAAGGAAUGUAAGAGUCUUGACAUUCAGUUCCACCUCCUGCGUGGUGAGCCUGAGCUGACGCUGCCCUGCUUUGUGAAGAGCUGGAACUUCGGUGCCGUGGUGACGGACUUUAACCCCCUCAGACUGCCCCUGCAGUGGACUGAGAAAGUCAAAAAAGAGCUGCCAGCUGACGUCCCCUUCAUGCAGGUUGAUGCCCAUAAUGUGGUGCCGUGUUGGGAGGCGUCUCCUAAGCUGGAGUACGGAGCCAGGACCAUCAGAGGGAAAAUCACCAAACUCCUCCCAGAGUUCCUCACUGAGUUUCCACCUGUGGACGUGCAUCCACACCCUUCCACGAAAACGGCAAAGGCAGUGGAUUGGGAGGAGGUUCUGAGCUCUGUGGAGGUGGACCGGACCGUGGAUGAGGUGAAGUGGGCUCAGCCGGGCACCGCGGGGGGGAUGGCCAUGCUGGAGUCCUUCAUCCAGCACCGUCUGCGUCUCUUCGCCACAGAGAGAAACAACCCAAACUCAGCGGCUCUCAGCCAGCUCUCGCCCUGGCUUCACUCCGGUCAGCUGUCUGCUCAGCGUGUGGUGAAGGAGGUGCAGCGCUGGGGGAAAAAUGCCAGGGAGUCUGUGGCCUCCUUCACCGAGGAGCUGGUGGUCCGCAGGGAGCUCGCCGACAACUUCUGCUUCUACAACAAAAACUACGACAGCAUUGACGGCGCUUAUGAUUGGGCAAAGAAGACGCUGAAGGAUCAUGCUAAAGACAAGCGGCCUUACCUCUACACACAGGAGCAGCUGGAAAACGCCAGAACUCACGAUCAGCUGUGGAAUGCUGCUCAGAGGCAGUUGCUGUUAGAGGGGAAGAUGCACGGGUUCAUGCGAAUGUACUGGGCCAAAAAGAUUCUGGAGUGGACCUCGUCCCCCGAGGAGGCUCUCGCUAUCGCCAUUUAUCUCAAUGACCACUACGCACUGGACGGCUGCGACCCCAACGGAUAUGUAGGCUGCAUGUGGUCCAUCUGCGGAAUUCAUGACCAGGGCUGGGCUGAGAGGGCCGUUUUCGGGAAAGUGCGCUACAUGAACUACGCUGGCUGCAAGCGCAAGUUUGAUGUGGGUCAGUUUGAAAGGAGGUACACUGUCAAAACGGCCUGAGAGCGCCGCGAGUCUGCGGGCGGCCGGCAUCCGUCAAACAGCUGGGAAUAACCUGCCUCCACAGCCGGCCCUGUUUACAUUUUUCUCAUGGUUGUUUACAUUUCAUGAUACUGUUCGUGAUAUCUUUUUAACUGAGGUCUGAUAGAAGAUUGGGUAACACUAGGGUACUGUCCAUAGGGCUACAUGACACCUACAUAAGCUUGUCAUGUCAACUGACAUAACCCUACAUAAAUGUUUAUAUAUACUUAUUGAAGUAGGCGUCAUUCGCUGAUGAUGCCUAUUGCAAUAAGCUUUUAUAAACAUUUGUGUAGGGUUAUGUCAGUUGUCUUGACAAGUUUAUGUAGGUGUCAUGUAGCCUUAUGAACUGCACCCUACAGUAAAGUGUUGCUGAAGAUUGUUUGUGAAAAGCUGUUCUCAGAAUGAUGUAGUUUGUGUAACUUGGUAAACUUGUACAUCAAGAAAUAUUGAUUUUCCAGUUAGGCCAGUAAACGAUUAGUCUUCACCAGCAAGAAAUGAUUGAUCUCAGCUCCAAACUCAGGAUCAGCUUAUAUGUUUUGCCUUAAUUUGUUCAUGGAACUUUUGGGAAACUGUUGUUUUUACAGUAUGUUUUAUUAAACUUUUUACCCUCUAC